AUGGCCUUUGAUUUGUCUGACCCAGAGCUUGUGAAUGCAGUCAACGAAGUGAUCGAUGACAAAAACACGGAUGUCGAGUACUGUGUCUUCGGAGUGACUACUAACCCAAAUAAGGUCGUGUUGGAUGUGAAAGGAAAGGGAGGACUUAAUGAAGUGAAAGCAGCAUUGAAAGAUGACCAAAUCCAAUUUGCUUAUUACAGAACUAUCAGUGGAGAUGCAGAGUCACACAGAGUCAAGUUCGUACUUAUCUCAUGGGCGUCUGAAAGUAUCACUAAACCAAAGUUGAGAGCUUCAAUGUCUAUGUUGAAGGGAGAAAUGAAGAACGAGAUAUUCAAGAACUUCCACAUCGAACUCCACGCAACUUCUCUUGAUGAUUUGAAGGAAGAAGAAAUUGCUGCAAAACUUAAAAAGGUAGGAGGUGCAGAUUAUUCAACUAACUCUGGAUCAUCCUAA